AUGGGUAAAUGGCGAUGGGGCGUGAUCCUGGACGCUGGCUCGUCAGGGACUCGAGUCCACGUCUACAGAUGGCUCAACAGCGCCAAAGCACGAACCGAUGCCAAACCCGGCGGUUUAACCAGCUUGCCCACGCUGGAGACAAAGAAGCAUUAUACCAAGAAGAUCAAACCCGGCGUCUCGACGUUCGGUGAACACCCGGCCGACGUAGGCCCAGACCAUCUCCAGCAACUCCUUGAUCAUGCAUUAUCAAUUGUCCCCGCGGAUCAGGUCAAGGACACCCCGAUAUUCUUGAUGGCGACGGCGGGCGUGCGAUUGCUGGAACCCAUGAAGCAGAAGGCUCUCCUAAGCUCUGUUUGUGUCUACGCCCGCGCCCAUACCGAAUUCUCAUUGCCCGAUUGCGAUCUCCAUAUUCAAGUCAUCCCGGGGGAGACUGAAGGGUUGUAUGGAUGGAUAGCCGCAAACUAUUUACUGGGAGGCUUCGAUUCGCCCGAGAAGCAUAAGCACGGGAAAGGACAUCACACAUAUGGAUUCUUGGAUAUGGGCGGAGCUUCAGCGCAGAUUGCUUUCGCGCCCAACGCGACUGAGGCGGAAAAACAUGCGAAUGAUCUCAAAUUACUCCGGAUGCGGACAUUGGAUGGGAAGUCGAAGGAAUAUAAAGUGUUCAGCACCACCUGGCUCGGGUUUGGAGUUAACCAAGCGAGAGAACGAUAUAUCGAAGCGCUCAUUGAUGCUACAUACACCAAAGAUACGCACGAGUUACUCGAUCCAUGUUUACCCUCCGGGUUACAAACUACGUUGAAAGGCGACCCAGUCCAGGCAGCCUCGUCUAUCAAAGGACCUAUUUUAGUUGGCACGGGCCGCUUCGAUGAAUGCGUUAAACAAACAUAUCCUUUACUCGACAAAGAUGCACCAUGUGCCGAUCAACCUUGUUUACUUCAUGGGCAGCAUGUACCCGCGAUUGAUUUCGACGUCAAUCACUUUGUCGGCGUUUCCGAGUACUGGCAUACAACACACGAGGUGUUCGAGAUGGCGCACAAGGAUAAGGCGUACAAUUUCCUGGCAUACCAGAAACUAGUCAAGGAUUUCUGCGCUGAGGAAUGGGACGAUAUCAAGAGUGAGGUUGCGGAGCAGAAAUGGGGGAAGAAGGUCGGCGAGAAGACCGCACAAGAAGUAUGCUUCAAGGCAUCAUGGCUGAUCAACGUUCUCCAUGAUGGGAUUGGAAUUCCCCGUGUCGGGAUAGAGAAGAGCCCGAAUACACCUGGAUAUAACCGCACCAAGGAAAUGUUAGCACAUGGGAAUGACCGAGCGUUUUUAGAUCCUUUCCAAGCAGUUAACAAGAUUGACGGGAUGGAGGUUAGUUGGACAUUGGGGAAGAUGGUCUUAUAUGCCUCCGGACAGAUUCCACCUUCGAGCGAUAAAGCCGGGCCAGUUGGAUUUGGAAGCAAUGUUCCAGGAAUAGCGAGCGACUUCCAACAAGCAGGGUCGAAUUCAAAUCCGGUCCCCAUGGACGAUGAGGAUAGCUGGAAAGAUACCGCCGAGGAUCUAGCUGAGAAAGCCCAUUCUAGCUUCACGUCAAGUUUCUUCUUCGUUAUGGUAAUUCUCAUCGUCAUCGGAUACUUUUUCCGCAAAAGGGAAAGGAGAAUGCGCUUCUACCGUGGCGUUAGCCACACAUUACGCCGUAACCGUCGACCUGGCAGCCCCCGAAAAGGAAGAGGUUUCUUCAGCUCAGGCAAGCUCUUUGGGGGACGCAGCUCAGGGAACUAUGAGCGGGUCCUUGAGGAUGGCGGAGCGGCGCAUGAAUUUGAACUUGGAGAUACGGAUCUGGAAGAUACUGAGCAUUCGGAUAGCAGUGAGGGUUCCUAUCGCGGCCAUGCUUCUGGACUCGCAACACCGAGGAUGAGCGUUGUGAAGUAUGACUCCGGAACAUCGAGUGACUUCUUCGAUUCCUCGGCUGGAGGCCAAGGCAUUGGCCUAGGUCUUACACAUGCCAAUGGGACCCUGCAUAACGCUAUGGAUCGAAGUGGAUUGGUUGUCCGCACGGAAAGUAGGGAGAGACUGGCUCCUAGUCUACAAAUGCUAGGUGCUGGGAGGAGAAGCCGCGCGGGUUCGCCGACUAGGGCGAAGAGUCCGCUCAUGAUGCCUCUACAAGAAAUAUGA